AUGGCUACUUGGUUGCUGGUCUUUCUCUUUAUGCUCUUCGGUCUUUAUUGUGGUUGUUGUCUUAUUCCAUUGUGCAUCAAAAGUUUUAAGGACGUUGAACACCGCUGCAGUCAAUACAAUACUCUUAUUGGUACACAUGGACGUAUGGCAUGUGAAGGGCCUCAAAGUCCUCAACCUCAACCAACUUUCGUUCUAUCUCCAAAUAUACACAUACAUAAUAACAACAAAAGGAGGUGAAGG